GAAGUGAUUGUUUCUUCUCUUCUCUCUUUUUUUUAAAUUUUUAUUUAAAAUGGCAAACGUUGUUGAAAGUCUCAAGUUGUUGUUUGAUCGCCCUAACGAACCGGUAUUUUCACCGAAAGGCGAAGAAAAUGCUGUUUUCCAACUAAGCGAAACUCAUUUGAGUGACAACUACCAAAACAAUGGCAUCGAGAUCAACAAUAGAUUCGGUGAAAAAGCAGACAUGCUGAUACCGCUGAACAAGCUGAAGAAGAUUCCCAAAUUCACGAAAGCAAAGAAGCUGCCACUGGAUGUCGAUUUCUCCAUCCUGCUGCCCGCUCACAGGGAGAUGGCUGACGAGGUUGUUGAUGAGCUGUUGGCCGUACCCGAGGGCCAACUGCAGGAUUUCCUUUCCCUGUGUGUUUACGCCCGGGCUAAUCUCAACCCGCAAUUAUUUAACUACUGUUACUCCGUGGCGCUUAUGCACAGGAAGGACACUCAGAAUGUGCCGAUCCAAAACUUCGCCGAGACGUUCCCGUCCAAGUUCGUUGACUCGCAAGUGUUCGCUCAAGCCCGGGAGACGGCGGCCGUUGCCGCAGCGGGGGCCCCGCGAACUCCCAUAAUCAUACCGAGAGACUUCACCGCGACUGACUUGGACGUGGAGCACAGGCUGGCGUACUGGCGCGAGGACAUCGGCAUUAACCUCCACCACUGGCACUGGCAUCUCGUGUACCCGUUCACCUCCAACCAGAGACGCAUCGUCGCCAAGGACAGGAGAGGAGAACUCUUCUACUACAUGCACCAGCAGAUGAUUGCACGAUACAACGGCGAGCGUUUGAACAACGCGUUGCCUCGUGUGAAGAAAUUCAGCAACUUCACCGAGCCGAUCCCCGAGGCCUACUACCCCAAGCUCGACAGCCUGACGUCAUCACGAGGCUGGCCCCCACGGCAGGCCAACAUGACCUGGUCGGACGUGGACAGGCCAGUUGACGGUCUCAAGGUCACCAUCGCUGACAUGAACCGCUGGAGGCGCAAUAUCGAAGACGCCAUCUCGAGCGGUUUCGUUAAGUUGCCCGACGGUUCUCAACAACCACUUGAUAUUGACCUGCUCGGAAAUAUCUUCGAGUCCAGCAUUCUCUCACCCAACCGCGAGUUUUAUGGAGAUCUUCAUAACCAGGGACACAAUAUCACUGGAUACAUGCACGAUCCAACCAACCGUUACUUGGAAUCGUUCAACGUAAUGGCUGACGAGGCCACCAACAUGAGAGACCCAAUAUUUUACCGUUGGCAUGCAUUCGUCGAUGACAUUUUCCAUAAGUUUAAGGAGUCGGCAGCCGUCCGACCAUACACACAGUCUGAGCUGGAAAACCCUGGAGUGCAAAUAUCAUCAGUGAGAAUAGAAAGUUCCGCCGGUCAGCCCAACACACUGAACACCUUCUGGAUGAUGAGCGAUGUGGACCUUUCACGUGGCCUGGACUUCUCUAACCGCGGCCCCGUAUACGUGCGCUUCACUCACCUCAACCACAGGCCAUUCCAAUACGUAAUCGACGUAAACAACACUGGUAGCGCUCGCCGUGCAACUUGCCGUAUAUUCUUAGCUCCUAAAUUCGACGAGCGCAAUAUCCCAUGGGAAUUCGCCGACCAACGCAAGAUGUUUAUUGAGAUGGACAGAUUCAUAGUGCCAUUGAACGCCGGCAACAACAAAAUAACUCGCAUGUCAACGGAAUCCGUUUUAACAAUUCCGUUCGAGCAGACCUUCCGCGACCUGUCGAUCCAGGGCAGCGACCCGCGCCGCACCGACCUCGCAGGCUUCAACUUCUGCGGCUGCGGCUGGCCUCAGCACAUGUUGGUGCCGAGGGGCACUGAGGCGGGCGCGCAGUACGAACUCUUUGUCAUGCUCUCCAACUACGAGCUAGAUCGCGUAAAUCGAGCAGACCAGCAGUCCAGCACUGAGCUGCGUAGAGGCGUCCAGCUUCUGCGGCCUGAAGGACCGACUGUACCCCGACAAGCGCGCUAUGGGUUAUCCCUUCGACAGACCUUCGACCAGCGUGCGAAGUGCCCGCGACUUCAUACUACCCAACAUGUCUUUGAUCGAUGUGACGAUUCGCUUACAAAACGUAACGGAGCCUAAUCCUAGAAAUCCUAUGCAAUAAAGCUACCGACUACCGUCGAAAUACCAUUACUUAUAAUGCAAAGAAGGAAAGGCUGGUGUAUUUAAUUUUAGUUUGUACAAAAUUUUAGAACUAAGUUUGUUAUGUAGUGACCUUUUACUUUAAAUAAAUAGAAAUAUAUUUU